UAGCACAGACUAUCUUCAAACAUCCUAAGUUCUAGGCUCACUGGGGUGUGCAACCACAACAAGCUUUUUGAGAAGGGUUACCACCUAAGCUCUGUCUGCACGCUACCUCAGUUCCUCUCCCAGUUCUGACACACUUAACUGUCAUCUUGAAUAAGUCACAGAUACUCUCAGUGUAUCAAUUUCCCCACUGUGUAUUUGUGCCUCUUCUCCCAUCUCAUGUCUCUCAACUGUUUUUCUAGUUUGUCUCCCCUCUGUCAUCCCUUACCUUGUAACAAGCCCUUCUUGUUACAUAGAUAGAGUAAGGCGUGGGAUUGAAGUCAUUAAAUUCAGCCAUAGGAAGUUUGGGGUUUGUGGGGAAGUGGAGAGGCACAGGGCUCUAGGGGCUUGGGCUGCCUUUCCUCUGCCCUUCAAGGCCGCCAGGGAGGAAUUCGAGUGACGUGGAGCUGGGGGAAGGGGUGCAGUGGGCUGGCUGGCAGUGGAGGGAGUAUCUUUAGGCCAGUCCUCCGGCCCGCCCCUAGGCUUCGAUUCCUGAAGUGGGUGGAUGAGUAAUGCAUCCAGGAAGCCUGGAGGCUGUGAUUUCCGCGCCAACUCCGCCCCUUGCAUGGACAUUUAUUCUUCACCGCUCAGUCCCUGCCGCCAUCGUCGCAGAGAUCCGGCUUCUAGAGAGACACUAAAGCAGAUACCACUAUGGCCCCCUUUGCAUCUCUGCUCUCUGGCAUCCUUUUGUUGCUAUCACUGAUAGCCUCCAGUAAGGCCUGUAGUUGUGCCCCACUCCACCCACAGACAGCCUUCUGCAACUCGGACCUAGUCAUAAGGGCUAAAUUCAUGGGGUCCCCAGAAAUCAACAUGACCACUUUAUACCAGCGUUAUGAGAUCAAGACGACUAAGAUGCUCAAAGGAUUCGAUACUUUGGGGAAUGCUGCAAAUUUCCGGUUCGCCUACACCCCGGCCCUGGAGAGCCUCUGCGGAUACGUCCACAAAUCCCAGAACCUGAGCGAGGAGUUUCUCAUCACGGGACGCCUAAGGAACGGGAAUUUGCACAUCAGUGCCUGCAGCUUCUUGGUUCCCUGGCGUAGCCUGAAACCUGCUCAGCAAAAGGCCUUCUCGAAGACCUAUAGUGCUGGCUGUGGGGUUUGCACAGUGUUUCCCUGUUCAACCAUCCCUUGCAAACUGGAGAGUGACACUCAAUGUUUGUGGACAGAUCAGAUCUUCAGGGGCUCUGAGAAGGACUACCAGAGCCGUAACUUUGCCUGCCUGCCCCAGAAUCCAGGGUUAUGUACCUGGCAAUCUCUGGGGGCCUAGAUGACUCAAAGUCUACCCCCAGUGGAAGCUGAAGCCUGCACACUGUUCACCUUUCCUCCAUCUUUCUUUCUCUUAAAUGGUGAAAUAAAGAACUAUCACACAGCA